CAGCUGCGUGCGUUCAAGGUCCCGGGGCCGGAUGGCAUCCCGAAUGAGGUCUACCGCCACUGCGAGCCCACGCUCACGCCAUUACUGGGGAAGAUCUUUCGGGCUACCUUCGAGCUCAAGUACUACCCCAAGGCGUGGAAGGCAUCCGACACGGUGGUGCUUCGCAAGCCAGGGAAGACAGACUACACAGUGGCGAAAGCCUACCGCCCAGUGGCACUGCUGAGCUGCAUGUCUAAAAUCCUG